AUGGCUUCUUUCCAGGAACGUUUCAAAGCAGCACUUGGCCCAAGAGGGUAUGAAUCCUCUAUGCGAAGAAGUGUGCAGAGUGUCAUCUUGUACGAAGCCCGAAGAUGUAUUUCAAAGCAACUCCCCUCGCUUCGUCCUUUCCAAAGACGCAUUGCCUUCUGGGACCAAGCCGUUGCCUUGAUCAAACAGUCAAAUUUGCUGCCUCACCACCGCGAAGAAAUCAUGUGGAGAACAGGAACAAGUAGAGCACUGAUGGACCCAGAAACCGCUUGGAAGCGGAUGAAGAUCAUCGAAAAGGAGCUUGAAAAGUUGAUCAAUGAGAAAGUGAAGCCGUGCUACAAAGAGGGAAUCACGCACGACGAGUUGUGCAAAGCGUUCAUCCAAAGAGUCUUUCAAAAUCAGACUGGUCAGGCCGGAAAGCAAUGUCCAGAUAACUGGGAACACGCCCACAACAACGUCAUCAUGACGUUCAGGAUGUACUACGACGGUCUGCAUUUGGAUCCAACACUUCCAGAACCUGCCCCAGUGGUAGAAAUCAACGUACCACACGAAAAGCCUGCUCCCAUUGACGCGGCUGCUGUCAUGCGGAGUCCUGCAUCAGUCCGCUACAGUGCCACGAACCCUGCUGCGGCAUCAGCACCUACUGUCGCAACAAGACCACCGCAAGUAGUAGCAGCAGCAGCAGCAGCAGCAGUAGUAGCACCUCCCAGCGCAUACGUUGCUUCAUUAGAAGAGAGUCCCGAGGACCGGCUUCAGGUGCUUCGUGAAGUCAAGGAGUAUAUGGAGGUCUUGGAGAAAUUUGAGGGUGUCAUUCACGAUGACUUCUUGGCAAAGCGGAAACGGGAGCUGUUUGAAGCUUUGCCCUCCAUUCCACCAUCAUCAGCAGCGAGGACACGAAAGAGGCAACGACUAGCCUAG